AUGGAGGAGUUCAUCGGCUACAUCGAGGCAUAUGACAUCGAGAACGGCGAGGAAACGAGACCCGAAACCUUGACCGGAGACGGGCAGGAGAGCGCCAAGUUCCCUGCUCUCAACCCCAACGCCUGGGUACUCGCUCCCCAAGGAUGGCAUCACAUCUGCAACAACCGCAGCCUAUACGCGACCUUCGAUGAGAUCGAGCCCAACCCGAUGUAUUCACGCUUCGGCAAGACGGGCGACGUAGCUGUUGGUAUCGGCACGAUCAGGCUGCCUGUGAGGCUCAAGGAUGGUCAGGCGCUGCGCCUGCCGUUCGGCGAAGUGCUCUUCGUCCCAACGCGGAAGGCAAACAGCCUGUCGCUGAAGCGCCUCAACCACUCUGGCACGGCCAUCGACCACCGCAGCGGCUUCGCCUACGACGCCAACGAUCGCAACAUCAUGUGGUUCCCCAACUCCGGCGGCCUGGCCACGCUCCGCCUCGACGGCGUCCCUGAUCGCCUCUACCUCGACAACGAGUUCACCGACGACGAGCGCUCGGCUUCGUACUGCGAUGCCUGGAUCAAGCAGCAGCCGGUGCCGCGCGCCGUCAACGGUUUCGCCGAAGCGCUGCAGGUCAUCGCACGCCUCAAAGAAGCCAAUCCGCGCUCAGACCCGGCCAUCAUACGCCGCCUGCUCUCGAAGAAAGUCGUCAACAUCUCCGUUGAGGAUUUCGUCAAGCUGCUCGGUAUUCAUGUGGUAGUGCCGUCGCCCGGGCAAGCGUCGGGAACUUCGCCGCUCUCGCCCACGCUGCAGGCUUCGAGGCCGUAUUCGACCCCGGCUGCGCGCCAGCCACUUGGACCGAGGCCAAAUGUGAGGGCCUCGAUGCCGCCGGCGAAGAGGCUGCCAGUGCCGAGGAACGACUUCAUCAAGAACCAAUGGGGUUCGAGAGCGGCAUUCCAGUCUUCGUAUGGGUUGAAGAUGACUCCAGAAGACAUUGAGGAAGGAGACCUGAUCUUAGAAAGACUCCGCAGGAAUGGCCUGUUUCGCUGA